AUGCCAAAUCAACAAUUAUUUUUCUUUAAAUUUUUUAUUUUAAAAUUAAUUAUUAUUAAUAAUUUGGCAAUUGAACAAAAAUUAAUAAUUGACUUAAAAAAGCCUUUAUCAUCUUUAACUUCACAAAGGUCAAGAUCUGGAAUUGUUUUAGGAGAAAAAGGAGAAAAUAAUAAUUUAAAUUCUAAUGGACAUUUUGGAAAAGAACAAGGAUUUUUAAAUGUUUUAACAAUAGAGCAUGGGGCAUCAUCAACAAUGAAGAAACGAAAUAGUUAUGUUAACGAAGAAGAAAAUAAUGAAAAAACAAAACUUUCGUCUAAUUCCAUUGAAAAAAGACUUGACCGUCUUGAAGCAAAUCAACAAAAUUUGAGACGCGCCACACUUGCAGACUGGCCAGCAUUUAGUGUAGAUAAACGGGUACGUAUAUUUGACCAUACACGCAGCACUUGGGUCGAUGCACAGAGGGAAUGUUCAGAACAUGCUGAAAUGCUCACCAAUAGUGGCAAUAGUAAUCGACCAAAUGAUCAUUAUUGGAUAGGUGUACAAAUUAUGUUGCAAUUCAGCAACGGCUCUUCCAUAAUUGGAAAUUAUAGCAAUUUUGAAGAACAAAAUAAUUCAGAAAGUACGCAAAAUCAAAAACUGUCAAAAGGUUUGGUAAUGAAAAGGUGUGCUGCAAUUUCCGCAUCUCAGGCAACAAAAAGUGAAGGGCGAUGGCUAAGUUUAGAAUGUAGUGAAAAGCAUGGGUUUAUAUGCCAGCUUUGA